UUUUUGUUAAGAAAAGCGCAUUAAAUUCGACCAGUCGCAGUUGCAGCCGCGUCCCAUGAGUGCGAACCUGAAGAACAUGAGCAAGCUGGCCCACUUUGGCGCUCCGCCCAGUGGCUCUGCUGGCUUCGGUCUCUCUGCAUCCUCCUCAUCUUCCGGAGGAGCAGGCAAGCUGCCCACAAAUGGCCAAAAUGGUGGGAAAUCUAAUCCUCCCACCUCCUCCUCCGCCUCCUCCACCACCGAGGAGCUCCUGACCACGCCCUCCGGCAUCGCCAUACCCAUAAUCCGCACCCGCGACGUCGCCCGGCUGCUGCCCACCAUUGCCACCGCUUUACAGCGUCCUUCGGACGAUCAUCUGGCCGCCGAGGAUCUGGAUGCAGUGCAGCUGGAGCUCGAGCAGAUGCUCUCCAAUGUGGCGCUGCGCACGAGGGUCCUGAAAUCCGAAUACGACAGCCUGGACAAGGAUGAGAAGCGCCAGGAUCGCAGGAAGCUGGAUCGCGUGCCCGGAUCGCCACCCUGCGGCACAAGCAUGCUAAACGGGCUGCUCGGAAUGGGCAGCAACUCCUCGGGCAGUCUGGGAAGUCCCUUGAGUGGAGGAGCAGGCCAAUCCGCCAGCCAAACCAAGAGGAAACGCGAUGAACCAACUGGCGUGCGCAAGAAGCACUCCUCGAUGACGAUCUCCUCGAAAAAUCAGGCCAAAAAUAGCCCUUUAACCGUGCACACGGAUGACAGUAUGGACUAUCUGCCCACUCUGGUGGCAGCCAGUGCCUCGGGAUCCCUGCUGCCGCAUCAUCAACCGCAACUGCCGCAGCUGCCCAAGGUGGCGGUGCCGAAGAAUGAUACGCCCAACAAAUUCUGGCUCUCUGUGGAGCCCUACUGCAUGCCGCUGACGAAUGAGGAUUUGCGGCUGAUAGACGACCUGCUGGAGCAGUAUCGCGGUCCCCUGGUGCCGCCGGUGCCGCCGCUGGGUCCCCAUUACUCCACCGCCUGGGCGCAGGAGGAUAUGAAGGCAAUGCAGCCGGGAGGAGCGCGUAUCAAGUCGCAAAAUGCCAGCGGAAUGAUCAAGAAGGCCGAGGGAAUGGCCGAGGUGGAGAGCAUCACGGGUCCGCUGACCCAGCGUUUGGUUUCUGCGCUGAUGGAGGAAUCCCUAAUGACGCUGCCCAGCGAACAGGCGGCGGUGGGAGAGCACAGCAAUAGCACCACCACGACGAGCGGCAGCAAUGAGAACACCCACUCCUCCUCAUCGGCAAAUGCCAACAACGCAAAUGCAAAUGCAGCGGCUGCCGCUUCCGCCGGCAACUUUCGUUCGCUGGCCAUGAUGAAGCAUGGCGUGGGCAUUGAGCAGCGGCUGAAGAAGACCCUCAUCGAGAACGGACUGAUCGAUGCCAGCGAACUGGCGGCCCACGAGGAUGUGGAUGAGGUGCUGAUGGAAAUCAAGCGGGUCACGACCGAAAUUAGCGCCAUUUCGCAGUUCAAUAGCGAGGAAUUGAAGCGAUUGCGUUCCGCCGCCAGCGAGGAGAUCAAAAGGAUCGCAAUCAAGCGGAAGUUGGACACGGUGGACCAGGAGAUACUCGAGUGCUACAAGCGGAUGCUGCAGUAUCGGGCCAAGCGCAAGGGUCACACGAUCGAGGAGAAGCAGGAGAUUCUGCGGCUGACCAACGAACAGCGACUGCUGGCGGAUCAACUGGAGCGCAUGCAGAUGCAUCUGCCAACUGGCGGAGGAGGCGGCAAUGCUGGAGGAUCCCUGCUGGAGCAGAAGAUGUAGGACAGGACCUUGGCCUGGGGCUGGUGCCAGCUAAUGGCCAUGCAUCGGGCAAGGAGGCAGCUAAGGGACGCCAGCCUCAAGCUGCAGUGCGCCUGAGCAACCUGCAUUCUUAUCUGUACAUUAACAAAGAUACAUAAUAUACAUAUACCUUGUAGCAUGUAGUAUGCAUUAA